AUGUAUCAAUUGCAGGUCGGACGACUUCCCGAAAAGUUCGUUGGCAGAAUCUCAGUGGCCGUAGUUCGUGGAUUGACGUAUUUAAAAGAUGAAAUCAAGAUAUUGCACAGAGGUUACUUGAAAAGGGAACACUGAUAGAAGAAAAAACAAUUUCAGAUGUCAAGCCAUCCAAUAUGCUUGUCAACAGCAACGGAGAAAUAAAAUUGUGCGAUUUCGGAGUAUCCGGAAUGCUCAUUGAUUCGAUGGCCAAUUCAUUCGUGGGAACGAGAAGUUACAUGGCGGUUCGUGUGGAAACAUUAUUUUUCUUGUACUCAAAAUUUCAAUUUCAGCCAGAAAGAUUGACGGGCUCCCACUAUACAAUCUCCUCCGAUAUAUGGUCGUUCGGUCUGUCUCUAGUGGAAUUGCUCAUUGGCCGGUAUCCAGUUCCGGCUCCGUCGCAUGCCGAGUACGCCACCAUGUUCAACGUGCCCGAGAAUGAAAUAGAACUGGCGGACAGUCUCGAGGAGCCCAACUACCAUCCGCCAAUGAACCCGGCUGCGAUGGCCAUAUUCGAAAUGCUUGACUACAUCGUCAACGGACCACCACCAACUCUUCCCAAGCGGUUUUUCACGUAAGCACCCCGAUCCGUUAUAUUUAGAUGAAUUCUCUGCUUACAGCGAUGAAGUAAUUGGAUUCGUAUCAAAAUGUCUCCGGAAGCUCCCCGGCGAGAGGGCGACCCUCAAGUCCCUCACUUCCGACGUCUUCUUCACUCAAUACGCCGAUCACGACGAUCAGGGAGAAUUCGCCGAUUUUGUCAAAGGAACAAUCAACCUCCCGAAGCUGAAUCUAUGA